UUCCAGUUCCUCCUUAUCCAACCCUCACACAUCACACAACACCCACAUCCCCCAACAGAAAAAUGCUCCUCACCCAAUUCAAAUCCCUCUCUCUCUCCAAACCCUCCUUCCAUGUCUCCCCACCUCCUCCUCUCUCUCUCCUCCGCAAACCCUCUCUCUCUCCUCCCCCGCCCGUCGGCCUCAGAAUCACCAACAGGAAAAUGAUGCAGGGCCGCGUGAUUUGCGACACCAACGACAAGACCGUGAACGUCGUGGUGGUCCGGCUCGCCCCGCACCCCAAGUACCACAAGCGGGUCAGGAUCAAGAAGAAGUACCAGGUCCACGAUCCGGAUAACCGGUUCAAGGUUGGGGACAUGAUCGUGUUGCAGAAGAGCAGGCCCUUCAGCAAGACCAAGUCCUUCCUGGCCCUUCCGGUUCCGCCGAGAAACGUGCGGAAGCCGAAGGAGGUUGCGCCGGCGGAGGAGGAGGAGGAGGAGGAGGAGGAGAUUGGGAUUCCGUUGGAGUCUCAGCAGAGUUAAAAGAGUGAGGGAAAGUAUGUGUGUGUGUGUUUAUGUGUUUUUGGAUGUUGGUAGAGUUUGAUUAUCUGGGUUUGACUGAAUUUCAGGUUUCUUGAAUGGGUUAUGGGUGUUUGUGUUUUGUGUUUA